AUGACGAAGCUUCGUGAACUGAUACACCAAGAGCGGUUUUAUGUGGAUACGAUGACCAAUAUGAAGCAGUUUAUGGAACGGUUUGAUGCCGAUCGGGAUAAGCACCAACUGGAGGGAUGGAAGCAACGGAUAGAAACGGUUUAUAAGGAAUUCCAGAUUAACCGCCUGAGCCUUGAACUGCUGUUCGAGGAUACGAAUGAGGAAACCUCAGUCGAAGAACAACGGGAUGCGGAGAAGUCCAAUCGUGUCGUACGACAGAAAUUUGAACACGAUUACAUUUGCGCCUAUAGUUUCCUCACCACUAAAAUUCGAGAGUUAACUGCGCUUCCUCGGUCUUCCACUCAAACCGUUGCAGCAGCGGGUGCUCCAAACCCCCCUCAGUCACGAAUCAAACUCCCUGAAGUGAAGCUUCCCACUUUUGAUGGAUCCAUUUCCGAAUGGAUUACAUUCAGAGACACAUACAAAUCUCUGAUUGACUCGAACACGCAAUUAUCGCAAAUUGAUAAAUUUUCGUACCUCGUAGCAUCGCUUACCAAAGAUGCUAGGAAGGUAAUAGAAUCGAUUGACCUUACUGAAGCAAACUAUGCUGUUGCGUGGCAGCUUCUGGAGAAACGAUUUGACAACAAAAAGUUGGUCGUUAAAACUUACAUCGAUUCGAUUUUCUCCAUCGAACCGAUGAAAAGGGAAUGCUACGAAUCCCUUAUGCGUCUCAUUGACGAUUUUGAGCGCAACUUAUGCCUAAUCAACAAAUUGGGCAUCCAAACAGACAACUGGAGUGUGCUUCUUGCUCACAUGGUCUGCAGCCGUCUCGAUCCGUUCACCCUCAGGCAAUGGGAGGCCCACCACAAGUCUACCGAAGUUCCUCAAUACAAGGACCUCAUCGAGUUCCUGCGUACGCAUCUGAUGGUUCUACAGUCGUUGGUGCCUUCGAAAUCUCGUUCGUCCGAUUCUCCCAAAUCGGAACCAAACCGACCGUCGAAAUUCUCGAAAAUCAAUACAGUCCACACAGUAACAAAUUCGACGCCUGAUUCCUGCCCGUUCUGUUCGAAGAAUCCACACUCACCAUUCAAAUGCGAUACGUUCCUGAAGAUGGCCGUGUCCCAACGCUUUGACCAAGUGAAGAAAAAGAAUCUGUGUAUAAACUGCCUCUCCUCCUCGCACCUUCUCAGAGGUUGCUCAUCCAGCGGAUGUCGAGUCUGCAACCAGAAGCACCAUACUAUGCUCCACCAACCUCCUAGCGAUCGCUCGUCCUCCCAACAGAAAGCAAACACACCCUCUGUUGAAGGCUUGAGUUCGCAAUCGGCGAAUCAGUCACACUCCUCGAAUCAGUCUUCCUCGCCAGCACGGUCCUCCUCGUCGUCUGAAACCCAACCACCAGCCGCCUCUGCUCCAGUUUCCAGUCUCGUUUCCACCACUCUCGUCGGUAGUAGUCGAAGAGUUCCUGCUACAGUUCUGCUGCAAACCGCCAUCAUCAAGGUUUUCGGCUCCGAUGGGAACACUCUAUGGGCCAGAGCACUGUUGGAUCCUGCAUCACAGCUGUCGUUGAUCACCGAGAACAUGGUUCAGAAGCUGAAACUGCAACGCUUUCCCAGUCGACAGGAGAUCGGUGGGGUAGGAAACACACUUGUCGUCUCAUACCACGCUGUGGAUGUUCGCUUAGGGUCACACUGCACCGAGUACGCGGUCGUAAAACCCUGUCACAUCCUGAAGAAAAUCACUCGUGAACUCCCAGCCAAUGCAGUUGACUCCUCCCAGUGGAAGAUCCCGCCUGGUAUUACCCUAGCUGACCCGAAGUUCCACGAACCAGGUGCGAUAGAUUUGUUGCUGGGGAUGGAACUUUACUACGAAUUGCUUCUGGAGGGAUUCAUAAAGCUUGGCCCCGAACAACCGGUUCUUCAAAACACCGUUUUUGACUGGGUAGCUGCAGGAAGGGUAGGAAUCCAGCCCCAUCGAAACCAGCGGAAGGUUGCACAUGUUUGCAGCACAGGGGAUGCCGAAGACUCGAUCUCUCGUUUCUGGGAACUGGAAUCUUGCUGGUCACCCAGCACUAAAUCGCCGGAAGAAACUUCCUGCGAAGAACACUUUGUAGCCACCACAUUUCGUGACGAAUCAGGCCGAUUCGUAGUUACUCUUCCAAAGCGCCCUGAUGUUCUGGCUCAGCUUGGCCGCUCCAAGGAAAUAGCUGUUCGCAGAUUCCACGCCCUCGAACGUCGCCUCGAUUCCAACCCAAACCUCAAGGAGGCCUAUUCUGCCUUCAUUUCGGAGUAUCUACAACUCAACCAUAUGCGGGAAAUUGAAGACACCGAUGACUGUUCCCUAUCCUACUACCUUCCGCAUCAUGGUGUGGAAAAGUUAGACAGUACGACUACCAAAUUAAGGGUAGUCUUCGAUGCCUCCUGCCGGACGGACUCUGGCGUGUCGUUGAACCAAGCGCUGAUGGUGGGACCUGUCGUACAAGACGAUUUGUACGCAAUAUCGCUUCGCUUCCGAAUGCGUCAACACGCCAUCGUUGCCGAUGCGGAAAAAAUGUAUCGGCAGAUUCGUCUGCAUCCAUCCGAUUACCCGUUGCACCGUAUUCUUUGGCGGAGGUCCUCCUUGGAGCCUCUCAAAACGUUCGAGCUCACCACCGUUACCUAUGGUACGGCUUCGGCGCCGUACUUGGCCACCAGGUGCCUCCUCGAGUUGUCCAAGCAAGGAGCAAACGAUUUCCCUCGAGCUGCGGAGGUUUUGGCCGAGGACUUCUAUAUCGACGACAUGCUUACAAGUGUCGACGACGAAAGCGAUGGAGCAGAACUCUGCAUCCAACUUCGGAAGCUAUUACACUCUGGUGGCUUCAGUUUGCGAAAAUGGGCAUCCAACUCCGAAGCCAUUUUGUCGGUCAUUCCGCCGGAAUUAUGA